AGCUUGACGGUAGUAGGUAAGGCAAUGACUUGGCACCCAAUUCACCAACUUCUUCUCAUUUCCCACUACAUAGGGUUCACAUGCCCAUGCCUUGUAUUGUAUCGCCCACACGCACGUCCUCAUCAGACGACGAAUCCAUCAUGGAGCUCGGGCAAGCUAUGGAGGAUCUCCCAACUCCGCUGCUGCUCUCCACCUUUGCAGUGUCCGUGGUCGUAUGCUACGUCCUCUUCAGCAGGAAGCGGGCGGGCAGGAAGACUGCGCCGCUGCCGCCCGGCCCGAGGGGCUGGCCUGUCCUAGGCAACCUGCCGCAGCUCGGCGGGAAGACGCACCAGACACUGCACGAGAUGACCACGGUGUACGGCCCGCUGCUGCGGCUGCGUUUCGGCAGCUCCGACGUGGUGGUGGCCGGGUCGGCGGCCAUGGCGGAGCAGUUCCUCCGCGUCCACGACGCUAACUUCAGCUGCCGCCCGCCCAACUCCGGCGGGGAGCACAUGGCGUACAACUACCAGGACGUCGUGUUCGCUCCCUACGGGCCCCGGUGGCGCGCGAUGCGGAAGGUGUGCGCCGUGAACCUCUUCUCCGCGCGCGCGCUCGACGACCUCCGCGCCGUCCGGGAACGGGAGGCCGCGCUCAUGGUGCGGUCGCUCCUGGGGCAAGGGAGCGACGCGCUGCCGGUGCCGCUCGGCAAGGCCGUGAACGUGUGCACGACAAACGUGAUCUCCCGAGCGGCCGUUGGGCGGCGGGUGUUCGCUGCCGCCGGCAGCGAGGGCGGCGCAAGGGAGUUCAAGGAGAUCGUGCUCGAGGUGAUGCAGGUGGGAGGGGUUCUCAACGUCGGGGACUUCGUGCCGGCGCUCCGGUGGUUGGACCCGCAGGGCGUGGUGGCCAAGAUGAAGAAGCUGCACCGCCGGUUCGACGACAUGAUGAACGGGAUCAUUGCUGAGAGGAAGGCCGGGGUGACGCCAGAUGGAGAGGAAGGCAAGGACCUGCUGGGCUUGCUGCUGCCGAUGGUGCACGAUGAGCGGCCCGUAGCCGGUGGCGAGGAGGAUGGGAUCACCGAAACCGAUGCCAAAGCACUUAUUUUGAACCUGUUCGUGGCGGGGACUGACACGACGUCGACGAUAGUGGAGUGGUCGCUGUCGGAGCUGAUCCGCCACCCGGACAUCCUCAGGCAGGCCCAGGAGGAGCUGGACGCCGUCGUGGGCCGCGGAAGGCUGGUCUCGGAGUCGGACCUCCCGCGCCUGACCUUCUUCAACGCGGUCAUCAAGGAGACGUUCCGGCUGCACCCCUCGACGCCGCUCUCGCUGCCGCGCAUGGCUGCCGAGGAGUGCGAGGUCGCCGGCUACCGCAUCCCGAAGGGCUCGGAGCUGCUGGUGAACGUGUGGGGCAUCGCCCGCGACCCAGCGCUGUGGCCUGACCCGCUGGCGUUCCGGCCUGCCCGGUUCCUCCCGGGCGGGUCGCACGCGGAUGUGGACGUCAAGGGGGGUGACUUUGGGCUCAUACCAUUCGGCGCGGGCCGGAGGAUAUGCGCAGGCCUCAGCUGGGGCUUGCGGAUGGUCACGCUCGCUAGCGCCACCCUGGUGCACGCGUUUCGCUGGGAGCUGCCGGCGGGCCAGACUGUGGACAAGUUGAAUAUGGAAGAGGCCUUCACCCUGCUGCUGCAGCGGGCCGUGCCGUUGAUGGUUCAUCCAGUGCCCAGGUUGCUGCCAUCAGCAUAUGAAAUUGCAUAAAUACUAAGCUCAAGUUAUCCAAAGUACGAUCCAGGCAUCUGGCCUCGGUACGUUGUGUCAAAUAAAUUGGGAAGCUAGCCCAUGUUUAUUGUUCACUUUGAGAAUGUACUCUAUCUGUUACUGUUAUGGUCGUAUAUAUCCGUAAUGAAAACCUUAUAGAUUGACACAU